AUGGUAGUAUCCCCUAUGAAUGGUAGUAUGGUCAUAGAUACUCCAACCAAUGGUUCUGGGACCAUUUCGCUAGUUUGUUUGAAUUGUCCUUUGUCCAUUUUUUGUAAACAUUUUGGAGUUGACUUGAUCUGUUUUCUUAUAAGUCAAUUAGAUGUUAUUUUGGGAAUGAACUGGUUAGAGUUCAACCAUGUUCACAUCAAUUGUUUUGAUAAGGUCGUGAUAUUUUCUAAGUUUGAGGACGAUAAGGAUUCGAGGUUUAUAUUUGCUAACCAAGUAGAGAUGUCCUUGAAGCAAGAGGAUCAAGUGCUCAUGAUGUUAGUUUCUCUGAAAGUAGAUAACGAAGCUGAGAUUGUUAAUCUUCCUGUUGUGUGCGAGUUCCCAGAUGUUUUCCUUGAUGAUAUUGGUGAUUUUCCUCCUGAUCGUGAAGUUAAGUUCACGAUAGAUUUAGUACCUGGUACUAGACCUAUAUCUAUGGAAUCGUAUAGAAUGUAUGCAUCAAAGUUGAGCGAGUUGAAGAAGGAGUUAGAAGAUUUGUUAGAGAAGAAGUUUGUCAGACCAAGUGCAGUGUCUUGGGGAGCGCUAGUGUUAUUGUUUACGAAGAAAGAUGAAAAUAUGAGAUUGUAUGUGGAUUAUCGAUAA